CAACCCCGGCUCGAUCCGCCCGUACGUCUCCAUCGCCCUUCCCCUCCCCUCCUCGCCCCUCCUCUCCGCCACGCCACCUCCUCCCCCCACCCAUCACUAUCUCCGUCGCGUCCCCCGCCACCGCCGCCCGAUCCCUGUGCCGUCUGCCUCGGCGCCUUCCUCUCUCCGUGCCCCGGAUCGCCGGCGGGAUCUUGGGUUGCCCUACGCACACAUGAGGCCUUAGGUGAUGACGAGCUUGCCUGAGAGGGGUGCAGCACCGCCAUCUGAUUCUUCGUGCCAGGGGGACACUGUAGCUGCUGUUGCCUCUUCUUCUACCUCGGAGCAGAAGGAAGAUAGCAUCUCGAAACAGUCCAACACCUCGAUCCUAUCUAGUGUUUUCACACCCCCUUUCACUAUCUUUGAAGGGCAGCAGAAUUCAUCGCUACCGUGCGAGAAGAAGUCGCCAAAGACUACCUCGGGAUCCUAUGUUUGGUCGAGGAUUUUGAGGAGAAUCGUGUGCAGCGGCUCGAUGUGGCGUCUUCUGGGCUGUAACAAGGUUCUGACCUCAAGUGAUGUUUGGUUCCUUGGCAAAUGCUACACGGUGUCGCCUGAGGAGUCAUCCAGCGACUCAGAUUCCGACAGUGGGCAUGCUGCGUUUUUAGAAGAUUUUUCCUCCAGGAUCUGGAUCACUUAUCGAAAAGGCUUUGAUGCAAUAUCUAACUCCAAGCUAACUAGUGAUGUGAAUUGGGGCUGCAUGGUUAGAAGCAGCCAGAUGCUGGUUGCUCAGGCGCUCAUUUUUCACCAUCUUGGAAGGUCUUGGAGAAAGCCCUCACAGAAGCCAUACAACCCAGAAUAUAUAGGGGUCUUACACCUAUUUGGUGAUUCUGAAGCUUGUGCUUUCUCUAUUCACAAUUUACUUCAAGCUGGAAGGAGUUAUGGUCUGGCUGCUGGAUCAUGGGUGGGUCCAUAUGCUAUGUGCCGGGCAUGGCAGACCCUUAUCCGCACAAAUAGAGAGCAAGCUGAAGUUGUAAAUGGGAAGGAGAUUUUUCCCAUGGCUCUUUAUAUAGUUUCGGGUGAUGAAGAUGGUGAAAGAGGUGGAGCUCCAGUUGUUUGCAUUGAUGUUGCUGCUCAGCUUUGCUGUGAUUUCAACCAAGGACAGUCAACAUGGUCACCUAUUCUUUUGUUAGUUCCUCUGGUUCUUGGCCUUGACAAAAUUAAUCCAAGGUACAUCCCAUUACUAAAGGAGACAUUUACAUUUCCUCAAAGCUUGGGAAUUUUAGGUGGAAAACCUGGAACAUCAACUUACAUUGCUGGGGUACAGGAUGAUAGGGCGCUCUACCUAGAUCCCCAUGAUGUUCAGAUGGCAGUUAACAUUGCACCGGAUAACUUGGAGGCGGACACUUCCUCAUACCACUGCAGUAUUGUCCGAGAUUUGGCUCUAGACCAGAUAGAUCCAUCACUGGCUAUUGGUUUUUACUGCCGUGACAAAGAUGACUUUGAUGAUUUCUGUUCUCGAGCCUCUGAGUUGGUAGAGAAGGCCAAUGGAGCACCACUCUUUACUGUUGUACAGUCAAUUCAGCCAUCGAAACAAAUGUAUAACGAGGAUGAUGGGUUGGGUUGUUCUGGCGAUAGCAUGGCCAACAAUGACAACCUUGAUGGCUCUGGCGAAGCAGGAGAAGAGGAGUGGCAGAUCCUUUAAAUGAGGGGGCGGGGGGGGGGGGGGGAAUCGAUGGCAUGUCGAGUUGUAAACCUUGCAUCCAACACGUUGUCUGAAUUCCCUCAUUUGUGUGUGAAUACAGGUGAUUAUUAGCGAUUUCAGGGUGUCAUCGGAUGCCAAUGUCCCAUAGGAGUUCAAAAUGUGACGGAUGGAAAUCCCUUUGUAACAUACAUGCCCUUAUGUUCAUUAUAAUUAAAUGUAUUUAUUCUGUAUUAUAAUAUAAUUUCACACCGCCAUGCUCGCUAA